AUGGCCUCUGGCAUAAACAAGAUUCAUCAGCCCGGGACUUGCAAUGGUUCUAAAGCCGCUCGAAGCAGCUCGGCAGAGGAAUGCAAUCAGGAAAUGCACGUGAAAAUGUGCAAGAAGAUUGCCCAGCUCACUAAGGUGAUAUAUGCCCUGAACGCUAAGAAUGAUGAACACGAGGCUAGUAUACAGGCUCUGAGAGAGGCUCAUGAAGAAGAAAUUCAGCACAUUCUUGCCGAGACAAGGGAAACGAUUCUCCAGUGUAAAAGCAAAGUUGAAGAAGAACAAUUGCUGAGGAAACGUAUUCAGGCCCUUGAAAUUGCCGUAGAACAACACAAGAGACUAAAGGAAGAAGCCUUGGCAGAGUUAACAUUGUGCAAGAAGCAGGUUGAAAAGAAGGAGCUGACAACAGAAGCAAGACAAGAACAGGCAAUCCUUUCUACAGACAUGGUAGAUACCAGUGCAGACUUUGAAAAGCUUCUACAUUUAAGUCACAAGUCUGAUGGACUGUUAAAUGAAUGCAAAGAAUCUAGGAGAAAAAAUUUAGAUAAAAAAGUACUUUUAGAUGAAAAGUACAGUGUGGAAGGACAAGCUCUAGUGAAUGAGAUGGGAAACCUGAAGAGUGAGAACCAGAGAGUAACUGAAGACUAUACUCAGAAAACAAGCAAACGGCAAGCCUCUUACGAGAGAGAAGAAGAGACUUUGAAAAAGGCUACGCAGCAAUCUAUGAUAGAAACAAAGAAGAGUUGUCAGCAAAGAGAAAUGGAGCAAAAGAAGAGCUCAGAGGCUAAAGAAAGUUUUUUGCUGCAGCAGGUAAAGAAGCUGGAGGCAGACCUAGAGGAGAAAAGCCAGAAGAUAAGUGAGAGGAAGAAGCAUUCCCAGAAGCUGAAGGAGAGAAUACAGCAUCAGUCCCAUAAGGAAAAGAUUUGUCUGAAGGAAUAGCUGUGAAAGGGUCUGGAAGAUCUUGUAAUGAAGCAUACAAAGGAAAUCAAGCCAGUCUAAAACUUCAUGGAAGCUUAAAGAAAAAAAUGCAGAAGUGUAUUCUUUUAUGUGAAUAAGUUUGUACAGGAGCUUCAGACACAGCUAGAGGAAUUUAAAAGAAAUUCAGAGUGUGAACUAAAGCAACUAGAGAAAGAGAAAGAAGUCCUAACUGGAAAACUUCAAAACUCUUCACUUGAGGUUUUGAGACUCCAAGAUUUUAUUAAGCAAAAUGAGGAUAUUCCCAAAUAUACAAAAUUUCUUCAGUCUAGUUCAAGAAAAAGUAAACAACAGGAAUUAGGUAGCUCAAGUUAUUCUUCAGGUUUUGAAGAUGGAAAAAGUAAGGCAAGAGACAUAAAGAUUUUGCAGGAGGCAUGGCGCAGCAAAAAAGCAGACUUGGAAGCCCAGGUGGCUCAGCUGAAGCAAAUAUUAGACCAACAAGCAAAUAAUUUCAAGGAGUCACUGAAGAAACAUAAUCUACAGUCCAACAAAGAAAAAGAGAAGCUUUUGCAGGAUCUUCAAAACACUGUUAAAGAAAGCCAGAACGUUAAACUGCAGCUGGAGGCAUCUCAUCAAAAAGUCUUAAAAAUGUUGGAGAAGAGUAAAAAUCAGGAACUCAAGGAGGCAGAAGAACGUUUGAAAAAAGAAUUUAAUGAGACUUUGAAGAUCCAACAUCAGUCUUAUAGGCUGGAAAUACAAACCUUGGAAGAGAAAGCAAAGAAAGAAUUACAUGAUGAAGUCGAGCAGAUACAGAAGCAGCAAACCCUGUUGUUAGGAUCUCUAAGGACGGAACUCUCCGAGCAACAGACAUUGUGCACUAAUCUCAAGAAACAAAUAGAAGAACUCCAAAUGGAGCUGAGGAGUGUGAGGACACUGAAAAAACAACAGGAAGGAAGUAGCCAGAGCCAGAUCAGAUCUCUUCGUGAUGAACUGGAAAAAUGUCAGAGUGAAAUUUCUGAACUCAAGAAAGAGAAUUUACUUUUGAAGGACACAAUGGAGCUACUCAGUGCUGAGUUGGAGUCACAGAAGCAAGAAGCUGCACAGCUUCAGGAUAGGGAGAAACAGCACAGAAGGCUACUGGUAGAAGACCUCAAUAUCAAGCUAAAAAAAGCACUGGACAUACUGAAACAAGAUCACUGAAAGGAAGGUGAAAACACAUUAUCUGAUUUCGGCAGCACUCAGGCACUUCUCUAAGCAAAGAUUUUCUCCUUAGAAACUAAACUUAAAGAAUUAGAAGAAAAGUCAAGAAAGUGGGAGCCCACAUCAGAAGAUACACACCUUAUCAGCAGUCUGCAAGACCAAUUAAGUGAGAGAGAAGAGAUUAUCAAGCAGCUGGUGGAAGGAAGAAAAUUUCAGCAUUCACUUUUAGCCAACACUGAAUCUUACAGGAAUCGAUCAUUUUCUUUCAACCCAAAUACAGGAUGCUUGACUUCUUCCAUGAAGCAGAAGAAAACGGUUGAGGUGCCCAGUCGUGUUGUCAGUGUUCCGAAUUUAGCUUCCUACGCAAAGAACUUUUUGAGCUGUGACUUGAGAUCAAAAAGAAGCGCUCCUCAAAUAACAAAAUCUACGAGCUUAGACCGGAGUCCUGGCUGCCUCAGGGUGGGCUCUCCAUCAACACAGUCCUCAGACAGCAGUGCUGCCACAAGCCCACAAGAACUGUACCAACAGCUGCAAGCACUUAGUACGCAACAGCCACCGCACCUCACCAGCGGUGAAAAGGUGGCAUAA